UCUCUUGUCUUGUAAUAAUAACAAACACAACACUUGUAUCCCUUCCACUCCUCUUUCUUCACAUUAAACUCCGCCAACUUCCCUCUCUUUUGUUCUCUUUCAGAACAAGAAAUUAAUAUUUCUUACGCGUUCGUAAUCUCUUUCUUCGUAAUGUAUGUAGAAAGCAAUUAAAGCUCUCUCUCUAUAAAUACUCAAUAUACAGACGCACACAGACAAGGAGGGAAAGGGAAAAAGUAGAUACAUACAAAGAGCAAAAGUCUAUUGCUUAGGGUGCGUGGCAUAGCUAGAAACAGAAUUAUGUGUAACGUGUUCUUGUUGCUGCUGCUGCUGCAACUUUUAUUCUUCUUCUCUUCACGGAUUUCUACUGUUACAGCCUCUGUGUCCUAUGAUCAUAAAGCUGUUAUAAUCAAUGGGCAGAGAAGGAUUCUUAUUUCUGGCUCAAUACACUACCCAAGAAGCACUCCUGAGAUGUGGCCUGAUCUUAUUCAAAAGGCCAAAGAUGGAGGAGUGGAUGUGAUUCAAACUUAUGUCUUCUGGAAUGGACAUGAACCCUCUCCUGGAAACGUAAUGCAAAUUCCUUUCUAUUCUGGCUUUUGCGUUUGCUGUGCCUUCUUCCUCUUCUUCUUGUUUUGUUUUCAUUUCAAGUUUCUAACUCGAUUGAUCUUCACUCUUUGGGGGAAAAAAAAUCAGUAUUAUUUUGAGGACAGGUAUGAUUUGGUUAAGUUCAUCAAGCUGGUUCAACAAGCAGGCCUUUAUCUUCAUCUGCGGAUUGGCCCCUAUAUUUGUGCUGAAUGGAACUUUGGGGGAUUUCCUGUGUGGCUAAAAUAUGUUCCUGGUAUUGAAUUUAGAACCGACAACGGGCCUUUCAAGGCGGCAAUGCAAAAGUUCACAGAGAAGAUUGUUGGCAUGAUGAAGUCAGAAAAGUUGUUCGAAAAUCAAGGAGGCCCAAUAAUUCUUUCCCAGAUAGAAAAUGAAUAUGGACCAGUGGAAUGGGAAAUUGGUGCACCUGGUAAAGCCUAUACAAAAUGGGCAGCUGACAUGGCAGUGAAGCUUGGUACAGGAGUCCCAUGGAUUAUGUGCAAGCAAGAAGAUGCCCCAGAUCCCAUGAUAGACACCUGCAAUGGAUUCUACUGUGAAAACUUCAAACCAAACAAGGACUAUAAACCCAAAAUAUGGACAGAAGCCUGGACUGGCUGGUAUACUGAAUUUGGUGGUGCUGUUCCUCAUAGGCCAGCAGAAGACAUGGCAUUUUCAGUCGCAAGGUUCAUACAAAAUGGUGGUUCAUAUAUUAACUACUAUAUGUACCAUGGAGGAACUAACUUCGGAAGAACCGCUGGCGGUCCCUUCAUUGCCACUAGCUACGAUUAUGAUGCCCCUCUUGAUGAAUUCGGAUUACCAAGGGAACCAAAGUGGGGGCAUUUGAGAGAUUUGCACAAAGCCAUCAAGCUAUGUGAACCUGCUUUAGUUUCUGUUGAUCCCACUGUAACAUCACUUGGGAGUAAUCAAGAGGUUCAUGUAUUCAAGUCAAAGUCGGUAUGUGCUGCAUUUCUUGCCAACUAUGAUACAAAAUACUCUGUGAAGGUGACCUUUGGUAAUGGACAAUAUGAAUUGCCGCCUUGGUCCAUCAGCAUUCUCCCUGAUUGCAAGACUGUGGUUUAUAACACAGCAAGGCUCGGUUCCCAAAGCUCACAAAUGAAAAUGGUUCCAGCGAGUAGCUCAUUUUCCUGGCAAUCAUACAAUGAAGAAACUGCAUCAGCUGAUGAUGAUGAUACAACUACAAUGAAUGGGUUGUGGGAGCAAAUAAAUGUGACAAGGGAUGCCACAGACUACUUGUGGUACCUGACAGAUGUCAAAAUAGACGCCGAUGAAGGAUUUCUGAAGAGUGGACAGAAUCCUCUUCUCACAAUUUUCUCCGCUGGCCAUGCUUUGCAUGUAUUUAUCAAUGGUCAACUAGCAGGAACCGCGUAUGGGGGAUUAUCAAAUCCUAAGUUGACGUUUAGCCAGAACAUCAAAUUGACAGAAGGGAUUAACAAGAUCUCUUUGUUGAGUGUUGCUGUUGGUCUCCCGAACGUUGGCCUGCAUUUUGAGACAUGGAAUGCCGGGGUUCUAGGUCCAGUCACCCUGAAGGGUCUGAAUGAGGGGACGAGAGACCUGUCAGGGCAGAAAUGGUCAUACAAGAUUGGUCUGAAAGGUGAAUCACUGGGCCUUCAUACUGCUAGCGGGAGUGAAUCUGUUGAAUGGGUGGAGGGAUCACUAUUGGCUCAAAAACAAGCACUGACCUGGUACAAGACAGCUUUUGAUGCACCACCAGGCAAUGAUCCCCUGGCUUUAGAUAUGAGUAGCAUGGGGAAAGGUCAGAUGUGGAUAAAUGGACAAAAUAUAGGACGGCACUGGCCAGGAUAUAUAGCUCAUGGCAGUUGUGGUGACUGCAAUUAUGCUGGAACUUUUGAUGACAAAAAAUGCCGGACUAAUUGUGGGGAGCCCUCACAGAGAUGGUACCAUGUUCCUCGCUCAUGGCUUAAGCCGAGUGGGAAUCUCUUAGCUGUGUUUGAAGAAUGGGGUGGUGAUCCAACUGGAAUUUCUUUUGUCAAAAGAACUACUGCAAGUGUCUGUGCUGAUAUCUUUGAAGGGCAGCCGGCGUUGAAGAACUGGCAGGCGAUAGCCUCAGGCAAAGUCAUCAGCCCGCAACCCAAAGCCCACUUGUGGUGCCCUCCGGGACAGAAGAUAUCUCAGAUAAAGUUUGCUAGCUUCGGAAUGCCUCAGGGCACAUGUGGAAGCUUUCGGGAGGGGAGCUGCCAUGCCCACAAGUCAUACGAUGCCUUUGAAAGAAAUUGUGUUGGAAAGCAGUCAUGCUCAGUGACUGUAGCUCCUGAAGUUUUCGGAGGAGAUCCAUGUCCAGAUAGUGCAAAGAAGCUAUCAGUUGAGGCUGUCUGCAGCUGAAGUCCUGAAAUUCCAAAAGCUCUACGCAAAGAAUUGAAAUCCCAGAUUACUCCAUUUCAGUACAUAGACAUUACAUUACAUCCUUUUAAGAUUUUCAGGCAUGUAGAUUACAGAUUUCCAAGGUCCAUGGAACCGGAGAAAUCAUAAAAAAAAAAAAAAAUACAGAAUUUGGCAAAGCCAGAUGAAGAUUGUGAAGCGGUUGAAAGAUGCUUUAGGUACAUAGGCAAGCUAUUAUCUGUCAUACAUCAUAAACAGGCUACAUAUAGUCUGGAAGCUUUUAGUCUUGCAAAUUCAUACAGGCAAGUCUUUAGCGUGCAGCGGUUGAGUAUUUGUAAGUUUGUACCUUGCAAAAUAAAAUGCAAAGGAAUAUAACUAAUAGCAUUCCAAUGGAAUUUGAAUUGUGAAUUUUCUAUAUUAAAGCU